CCUUCUUGUCUCUUCCUCUUCCUCUGCUGCAAAGAGGAGGAAGGGAAAGAGGGGAAGAGCACGCCGCGGAGGAGGAGGAGGUGGUGGUGGAACGGGAGCAAUCCUUGGAGAGAGUUCGCGUGUAGCGCUCUCGGCCCCCUCCCUCCAUCCCUCCCUCCUUCCUCGCUCGUGAGGAGAGCGCUCUCGGCCGGAUUUGGCAUGAUGCCGGCCCUGUACAUUGCUCGCGGCGCUUCCAAGGUGGUGAGGAGAAUCACCUCGGAGACGUCGGUCGAGCUCAAGAUUCUCUCUGAGAAAUGGCAACUCCUGCUCGCGGGCCUCGUCUUCCAGUACAUUCAUGGUUUGGCUGCUCGUGGGGUCCAUUAUUUGCACCGGCCAGGGCCUACCCUUCAAGAUCUUGGAUUCAUGAUUCUUCCCGAGUUGGGGAAAGAAAGGGGCUAUAUCAGUGAGACGCUGUUUACAUUCAUCUUCCUCUCCUUUGUUCUGUGGACAUUUCAUCCUUUCAUCCUUCAAACCAAGCGCUUCUACACUGUUCUUAUUUGGCGUAGAGUUCUUGCCUUCUUAUGUGCUUCUCAGUUCUUACGGAUAAUCACAUUCUAUUCCACACAACUUCCAGGGCCUAACUAUCAUUGCCGUGAGGGCUCACCUCUUGCCAGAUUACCACAACCUCAAAAUGUAGCAGAGGUGCUUCUCAUUAAUUUCCCGAGAGGGGUAAUUUACGGAUGUGGUGACUUGAUAUUUUCUUCCCACAUGAUUUUCACUAUAGUAUUUGUUGUAACAUACCAGAAAUAUGGAAAUAUAAGGUUUAUAAAGAUGCUUGCGUGGUGCGUAGCUAUUGCUCAGAGUCUUCUUAUAAUAGCCUCUCGCAAGCAUUACAGUGUUGAUGUGGUUGUUGCAUGGUAUACAGUGAACUUGGUUAUUUUCUUUGUGGACAAGAAGCUCACAGAACUUCCUGACCGAUCAGCAGGAUCAACAUCAGUACUACCUGUGAGCAUGAAGGAGAAAGACAGCAAGUUGAAAGAGGAUAAGGCUAGAUUGGUGAAUGUUAACUCCGUCGAUUCAGCUGAUUGGAGACCAUGGACACAAAUGAAUGGGAAGCACAUUGAGAAUGGGAACCAUCUUGAUACUGAAACAACAAAAACAUGAUGCUUUAUGCUGAUGGGUCCAUAUUUGCUAUUGUUUUACAUACCAAAGGUCUAGGCGGUAUACAUCGAAUGGCAUCUAAACUCUUUCAUGCCUAGCAAUGUGAUGCCUUCAGUUCAUAGUUCAGAAGGAAAGGAAUUGUUGCCCUGUGAAUGGUUCUAGCCUGUAGAAGUUUUGCUCAUACACUUCAUCUCACUGCUAUUUGAUUGCAUCUGCCCUUUCUUUUAUGUUGUAGUUUUUUCUCUGAUUUUCCAACAUGUAAUUAGAUAUGCAUUACAGAAAACGUGUAUAGUGUUGAAUUCAUUGAGAUUCUUUGCAAGUGUAAUUACCUGGAAAAUCUGAGCUUGCCCUUGUCGAUACCUAACCCUGAAAUUGGAAGUCACAUGAAUCCUUUGAUUGGCUGGUCUCUUUCUGUGUACAUUCUGGCCCAGUACACGGAAAUUUCUCU